GGUGCUCUUUCGCGAAGGGACCAUCUCUGCCAAGCGCCUGUUGGUAGGAACCUGCUUGGUCGCGUCUGAGGGGGCUUAUAAGGUGUCUGUGGCUGAAGCAGGCGCCCGGGGGAGUCUGUAGGAGGGAAACCGCCAUGGACGAUCAGGGUUGCCCUCGGUGUAAGACCACCAAAUAUCGGAACCCUUCCUUGAAGCUGAUGGUGAAUGUGUGCGGACACACUCUCUGUGAAAGUUGUGUAGAUUUACUGUUUGUGAGAGGAGCUGGAAACUGUCCUGAGUGUGGUACUCCACUUAGAAAGAGCAACUUCAGGGUACAACUCUUUGAAGAUCCCACUGUUGAUAAGGAGGUUGAGAUCAGGAAAAAAGUGCUAAAGAUAUACAAUAAAAGGGAAGAAGAUUUUCCUAGUCUAAGAGAAUACAAUGACUUCCUGGAAGAAGUGGAAGAAAUUGUUUUCAACUUGACCAACAAUGUGGAUUUGGACAACACCAAAAAGAAAAUGGAGAUAUAUCAAAAGGAAAACAAAGAUGUUAUUCAGAAAAAUAAAUUAAAGCUGACUCGAGAACAGGAAGAACUGGAAGAAGCUUUAGAAGUGGAACGACAGGAAAAUGAACAAAGAAGAUUAUUUAUACAAAAAGAAGAACAACUGCAGCAGAUUCUAAAAAGAAAGAAUAAGCAGGCUUUUUUAGAUGAGCUGGAGAGUUCUGAUCUCCCUGUUGCUCUGCUUUUGGCUCAGCAUAAAGAUAGAUCUACCCAAUUAGAAAUGCAACUUGAGAAACCCAAACCUGUAAAACCAGUGACGUUUUCCACAGGCAUCAAAAUGGGUCAACAUAUUUCACUGGCACCUAUUCACAAGCUUGAAGAAGCUCUGUAUGAAUACCAACCACUGCAGAUAGAGACAUAUGGACCACAUGUUCCUGAGCUUGAGAUGCUAGGAAGACUUGGGUAUUUAAACCAUGUCAGAGCUGCCUCACCACAAGACCUUGCUGGAGGUUAUACUUCUUCUCUUGCUUGUCACAGAGCACUACAGGAUGCAUUCAGUGGGCUUUUCUGGCAGCCCAGUUAACCAUUUAUAAGAUUUGGACCUUGGAGCUGAACCAGUGAGCUAGCAAAAGUAAAGCAGACUUGUAAAAUUAUAGCUAUAUGCAGCUGCACAACACAGUCCUACCACUAGCAGCUGUGUUAAAGUAUUUAUAAAGAGAAAAUUUCAGAACUAACUUGAGGAAUAUAGGGGAUAUAUGUUUGUGAAAAAGAAUUUUUACUUAUAUUUUUCAGAGGAUUUGACACAAUAAGCCUCAUCUGAUGGAAGAGAGGAAUAAAUAAAUCACUUAUAUGUGUUUGAGGUUGACAGACUUAUAAAAUCUUUUUAAAAAAUAAAGCUAUAAUUUAUAUUAAGUUCUGUGGUUUUUCUCUUAUUACAGUGUUUUACUUGAACACAUUUUAAAUACCAUUUUGAUUACAACAUUUACUGUUAAUAUCCAACUCUAUUAUUUCUUCUCAUAAAAUGUUCCCCCUUUUCCUAAUGUCUUGUUAAUACUAGUCCAGACAAGUGGAUAUAUUUCCUUUGACCAAGUUAUGGCAAGAAAAACCUGACCCAUGAUAAUGUCAUUCCCUCAAUACUAAGAACUCAAUGCCUGUUUUAAGCAGUGGAAAAUGAGGCAAACCUUGAUCAAGGUGUUAUAGUUCCCAGCUGUGAGCCACACUCAGGAUAAAACAGAGCCCAGCAUUAACCUGCUUUAAUGACACAUUCAAAGAAGUAAGUUAAUAAAAUUUAAUACUUAAAUGACACGUUUCACCUCCAAUGUAAGCUCAUUUUAUGAUGAAUCCUUUGGAGACUGGAGAAGGUACAUUUUAAGUACAGUUCCCCAUGUAUAAAUUGUAUACUGAUACAGUUUUUUGUUGAAACUUCAAAGGCUUUUAUUACCAGGGUUUUGCUUAAAGAGUUUAGAUAUGAAUAGGAUGCUAUUUGCAGCAUCUCAACCUUGUAUGAGUCUGUUACACAGAGCAUUGGAUAUGGGAUAUAGUUUCUUAAGGAAAUUAAGGGAUUUCCUAUCAAAUCUCUAAUACAACAGAUACUAGUUUUAUGGGUAGAAACUUAGGUGAAACAACACUUGUGGUUACAUUAGGAUGGACUAUCCAUAUGUAACAACUCCAUCUUAUGUUACUAAGCAGGUAUUAAUUAAUUUUAGCAAUAUAUCUUCAACUUUAUUGUACUUCUAAUUAUCUCUGAUAAAUGAGAAAACCAAGGCAUCAAAUAAUUGAGUAGACAAAGAUCAUAAUCACAAGUUAGUAAAAAGCCAGAAUUAGAAUACAGAUUUUUUUUUUUUAAUCGAAGUCCAAUUCCAUCUACAUUCUACCAGACUGCAUAUCCUAUUCCUGUAUCUAUUAGGUAUUCCCAACUGAGGAUUAGUGUUUUAAGUACAGUCUAUAAAUCUCUUCAAAGAAUAGUUAGAACAUUGAAUGUAGAGUUAAGGCUUUGCAGCAGCCAAUUGCAAAAAUUAGGAAUCCAAUAUUUUGAAAAGAAACACUACUGCUUGUUCUCAUACCUUUUAUAAAUGUAUUUUAAAAAGAAUGAACUAAUUAAUAAAAUGUAUCAAAGGCUUUUAAGAUUUGUUUUGAGCCUGCCUUAUUGUGCAAAUUGCAUGCACCUGGUUUGGCAAAUAAAUUCCAAAACUUUUAUACAUUUGUAAAUAUUUUGCAGUUGCUAUUGCUGUACUUAGUUCCAUAGGCCAAAUUUAGAAGUUAACUGACCUUAUUUGAUCAAAGGGAAUGGUGAAAAAUAACUUAGUGACAAUUUACUGAGGUUUAGUGAAUUCACUGAAUCUACUAAACAACAGAAACAUUCUAAAUUGAUGUGCUUAUCCCCUACCAUCCGAGUGAUUUACUCUCAGAGACAAAGGCUGUACAUAUCUUUCAUCUACAUAAGUCUUCAAGUAUUUUAUGAGUACAGAAGUAACAGUUAACAACUACCGUAUUACCUGUGUCCCAGGCACUGUGCUUCAUGCUUUGUGUAUUACCUAAUCCUCAAAACAGUUCUACUAGUAUUUUCUCCAUUUUAACAGAUGAGGAAGCUGAGACAGAGGUUAGGUAAGUUGCCAACAGUCAUAUAACUUAAAAAUAGCAGAGCUGGGAUUUGAACUCAGGCAGCCAGACUCCAGAAGCCAUGCUCUAGAGAUGACUGUCAAACAACUGCUAUGCUAAAACUAGUCCUGGGUAGUCAAACUUCAUAAGACUUCCAGGAAGUUCUACAGAUCAAGUAUCUAGAUCUUUUAUGGGAUAUAAAUGACAUCAACUAAAUGAUCUUGUUAACGUCCUAAGAGAAGUUCUGAGAAAUUCAUGAUGUAGAAAAUGAUUUUACUAAUAACUAUACUCCCUCUUAAGCAGAUAUUAAUGGUACAGAAUACAUUUACAUCAGUUAGUAUACAUGAUUACUUAGUAUUCCUUAAUUUGAUUCAAUGAAUAUUUCACCUAUGCUUCUCUUAGAAGUUGUCUUUAGGCUGUCAACAGGUUGUCAGAUAAUUAUUUUAAAAUCCAAUUAAGGUGGUAGAAAACCUGUCAAAAAGUUAACAAAAUUAAAAAUUGUAUCUAAUGAGCUUUCCAGCUUUCCAGCUGUCAUUUUCGAGUAGAUUCAUCAGGAAUUCAUGUACUAGGUAUCAUAUCUGAAAGUUUAGGGUAGACCUAGAUUUAAAUAAUGAAUAAUCACAUAUUCACUUAUCCACUCUGAAAGAAAAGGGGGAAGUUAAAAAGUUAGUAGAUACAUUCAGGGAUUCUGUUUUCUUUACAAUUACAUAUUGCAUAUUUUGUCCAGAGUAACUAAAUGGAGACAAGAGUCUUACUACUUUACAUGUAUGAAUAAGAACAUCAUUUGUACUCAUACUUUAUAACCUAGGACAUCAAUGUACAACACUUCGGUUGUUUCAAAACAAUUUGAAUUAAGUAAGGAAUGAGUGCUCAAGUUCAUUACAUCCCUAUACUGCUUACUAUUUAUUGCCUUCAUUUCUUUACAGGACCUGCCAGACUUCUGAAAGCAUUUGAAUUUGGAAUUAAUGAUCUAGAUUAGGGUUCUUAAACAUUUUCUGUAGGGCCAGAUAGUAAAUAUUUUAGGCUUUGCAGGGUAACAAGCAAAAUCGAGGAUAUUAUGUAGGUACUUACAGAACAAGCUAAAACAAAUUGCCACACUUUUUUUUUCUUUCAAACUGUAUCCAGCUUUAUUAAAGAUACUUUCCAUAAACAAUCAUGGUAUUUCAGGCAGGACAUGGGCAUACAGUCAUUAACAGUAUACAACAACUUUCAAAUUCUCUUCUUCAAUGGACUAUCAAAAAUCAGCCACUAUAAAACCCAAUGAAGUCUUCAUCUGAUGCUCUGAACAGGGAAAGGUUAGAGUGACAGUUGACAUUUCACAUUUAGCAUGUUGUUUAACAACUUUUCACAAGCCAACCCUGACUUUCAGGAAGUGAAAUGAAAAUGGCAGGAUUUAUCUGAAGAUCCACAAUCUAGAAACGAAACCACUCCUCUUUUGACAGGUGCCAUCUCAGUGGCAUCACUGGAAAGUCCAGAUUGCCAGACACACUGGUAACCAAUGACUGGGGGUCAGGUCCCAACAGAUGUCUGGGCUUAAGGGAGUUAAGUCUAUGCUGAAAGAUGGAAAGGGAAAAGAAGACAUAAAAACGAUUUGUUUUUCCAUACCAUAAGGCUUUUGUGCCAAGGUGGCCAUGUGUGUCAAAGUCAGGGAAUCCCUCCUCCUGGGAGCCAAGAGGAAGUCUCUCAAAACUAGAAGGGAAAGGUGUUUUCCCCACAUCAGUUCAGCUUCAGAGACAUUCUAUUAGUGACAUAUGCCCCUUCCCCACAAAACAACAAUGAAGUGUUCUGUGUGCUAACAACAUAGCUU